AUGUCCAAAGUUGCCGCCCAACUCCAGCCAGUCAUUGCCAAAAUCCGGUCCCUCGUUCAAAAUCCACAGCAAAAUGGCACACCAGUCUUCAAUAAGCCGCUCAAUACAAAUUCAUGUCCGCACCACCGGAAAUCGCGGCUACUUCAUAGCGUUCUGCUCAUUCUCCUCCUCGCCAUGGCCAUAACUCUCGUGACACUCAAGGCAGCCACAUACGACUUUGUCGAAGACAACCGCAUGACCGGCUUCACAUUUGAAGCACCCAGAAACAGCAGCAACACAGGCGAGGCCAUCGUCAUGGGCGCGUUACCACGAAAACUCUACACGGUGCCAACGAAACUCGCCAUCAUCGCGGCAGUCAUCCCCAUCAGCAUAGCCACCGCACAUCUCGGCUUUGUAAUCGUCGACUGGAAAAGCGGCAAGCGGACACAGUCCUACGCUUUCCGCCGCAACACCAUGUUUGUGCAUCUCUCCAACGCCAUUAUGGUCUUGUUCGCCCUUGUCUCCAUCUACAUGACGCACAAGAACUCGUCGACCUGGGACGCUGGAUAUGUGGCCAAAGUGGCUGCUUCCAAAGCCAACAGCACCCUCAACAAAGAACCCGUUUUCCGCUACGACAUCGGCAUGUUUGACCUCGAGACGUGGGCUUGCGAGCUCAAAGCAGUGCCGGGUGCUGCCGUUGCUCACUCUGACUAUGCCAAGCAGUGCGCGGUUGAGGAGGCGGGCCGCGCUAUCAUGAUUCCGCUCGUCAUUUCCGCGUGGCUGGUGGCGGGCGCGUGUAUAUGGGGGUUUGUGGGCGGCGGCAGGAGGGGUCCUGAUGGCGAGCGUGUGGCUACGGAUGAAGUGGGCGUGGAGAUGGGCAAGAUGAAUGCUAUUUAA